GUGAUAAAUAACAAAUUCUGCUUUCAUUGUGCAAGCUCCUCCCACUCGGAAGCGUGGAAGAGGACCAGCAAGGUGUUCCCAAUUUGAUCGCAUUCGGAAGUUUGGGAAAGUGGCGGUGGAGAUUAAGGAUGGGCAAAGAGGAGUAUCAUGUGAAAAUGCAACGAUUUUUUCAACACGCGUGACAUGGAUUGUGAAGUUGUAUGCCGACAUGCGUCAUGCAAGCUGGACUCGUGUUGAUAAACUGAACAAGGAAGAGCUAACAGAUCGUGUCAGGGUAAAACCAUUGGCAUAUGAUUACAGCAAAUACUGACAUAAUUUUUUAAUUUGGCAUUUUUCAGUGACACUAACUAGUUGAUACAUCUAGGCUGAUUUUGAAUUGGAUUGGUCUAAAAGCAACCAUCGAGAGACAGUGGCAAUGGCACUUGCUCAGAAAUAUAAUGAUUUUCACUACCUAUUACACUGCAAAUACCAAGAGUAUGAAACACAUGAGGCAGCCCUUUCUGGAGGGACAAAGAUGGUGGACAAAGCUGUGUGGGAAGCUUUAUGUGAGAGAUGGGGGAGUGAGGAAUUUCAGGUAAGAUAACUGUACUCUCAGUCUUUACACUUUAUUUGAAUCGUUUCUAAUAAUUCUUGUACCUGGACGUUGGGAUUAAUUACAUUGUGUCAAUGAUAGAACCUAUCAAGGCGGAACAAAAGUAAUAGGAAAAAUCAAAGGAUAAAUCACACGGGUGGCAGGAAGUCAUUUGUUAGGCUAAUGGAGGAAAAGGUGAAGUUAUACAUUUAAUUAACAAAGUCAUAUAGUGUUUUUCUUCCUGUUUCCAUUAUGAAUAUUUUACUUAUUAAACUGAUGUUAAAAUCAUGAAGCGGGAACAAGCUCCAAAUCAUGUUGCUUUCUAUCGGGAGGUGCAUUGGUCUACAAAGAAGGGUAGAUUUAUUACUGAAGCUGCUGAGCACAACUACAAUAUGAUGCUUGAGCGGAUGAAUGAGAUGGAACCAGAAGAUAACAAUGAUGAGAAUGCCAAUGCAGUGUUUAAGGAGGUGUUGGGUUCCCGAUCGGGCUAUGCUAGAGGUUUAGGACACUUAGUUAUACCUGAACCAUCUCAAUCCUUGCUAUCCAAUAGGGAGUUUGAACGUCUUAGGGAGGAGAAUGAGAAGAACAAGGCAGAGAAUGAGAAGAACAAGGCUGAGGCAGAGUUGUUCAAGAAGAAAUUUGAGACAUUUAUGAAUGAUUUGGAAAAGAUGAAUGCUUGUUUUUUAGAGUGUGACAGGCUUAAUGAACGUGUUACAGAAUUAGAGUCCCAAAGGGAGUCUCAACGGGAGACUCCAGGAGAUGCGUAGGCAUCCUCCCCUUCACAACACUUUUGUUGAAUUUUUUGAUGGUAUUUUGAACCUUUGCUGGAGUAGCAUAGAAAAUGCAUGAAGCAUCCUUUUGUUGAGCAUCCUUUUGAAUGAUAUUUUAUGAGUUGGUGGUUUUGGAGUGGUAAUGAAGAUGUAUGGACAUUUUUGUGUACCAGUAGUGAUGGAUACAUACUUUUGUUUAUUUUCCCUAAAGAGAAGUGUCAAAGAUGCCAGCCCAUGGCCUUUAGAGCAGGGAACAGGUAUGUGUUAUUUAUAUUUCAUUGCAUGCUGGUUAUUACUUAAUGCAUUAGGCGGCCAAUAAAUGUGGUAAGCACUGGUGUGUUACUUGCAUGGUCUGUGCUGAGAUUGUAAAUGUUAUUAAUACAUCCAGAUUACUAUAUCUUCCUGGUUCACUUGUAGUUAGGAAUACUAUUGCAGUAGU